AUGGACUGCAACCGCUAUUAUAGUCUUGCGGCCAAAUCCGCAAACUAUCACGCAAUAUACGGCAACCGUGUUCGCAAUCGCAGUAGUAGACCCAUACAAGUGCGCCCAGCUGUGCUUUUCGCUCGAAAAUGGGCUGCAAGAUCCCUUGAGACUUUGCCUGUACACUGGUAUACUUGUACAGCUUUCGUUAAUGGUGGUUGUCAUGGUAUUUACAACCAUACAAAUAAAUAA